AUGUCUCGUGGAUUGAAGGAGCGGGAGCUGACAAGGCUAAGCAAGCAGCUGCGCUGAUGCUAAACAAGCAAGUAAUCCCCAGCAUUGAUGAGGUUCCAAAAGCGCAUCGCUCCCACCUUUAAUCUCGUUGAUUCUCUCCUCUCUCCUGCCAUUUCACUCAAUCUUCAAUCUCCUAGAUCUUCUGAAAUCUUGGGAAUUCUUGAAAUCUUGAUAUCUUUCCAUGGAGUUUAAGUACCGAGCCGGCGCUUCCGCUUCCAGGCCUCAGCCCGUCGUCCCUCGUCCCUCCCGCGCCGGUUUCUUCUCGGACGAAGCAUGGCGAGUUGAUUAUCCGGGGACUCGCAACUUAAGACCCCACUUGAACUGCGACUUUAACGCGAUGCGGGACCCUUAUCUAGUCCGGGAAACUAUCCAGAGGGAGAUCGAGAAGCAGAAAAUUCGGGAGGAGAUCAUUGCCUCGGAGGUUGCCCGGCGGCAGAUGCUCGAAGAAGAGGUGAGGAGGGAGUUGAUGUUGGAGCGACAGAUGGUGCUGCGGAGCGCUGGCGAUGGAUUGCCUUUCGAAGGGAAAUCGACAAUGUGGUUCGGCUUUAACCGAGGACAUCCUGCUUUGCACCGGCUUGAAAGCCGUGCCAUGGAGGAUCACCUGGCAUUUUUUGGUCAUAAUGCAGUUGAUAUGUCACCUUUGAUUCGGUCUCCCGAAGCUACACCGACUGAGAUUAAGCCUGAACUUAAUAAGGAUAGACUGAUAAUGCUGCCUAGACCGGAUCCAAAUCUCUCCAACGCCAAAAGAAAAGCUUCAACAUCUCCAGUUGAUGCAGAUGAAUUGUCCACAUUUAGUCAAAAGAAGAAGACCAAGGAGGAGUGGACAUGUGCACUUUGCCAGGUCAGUGCUACAAGCGAGAAGGGUUUGAAAGAACAUCUCGAAGGGAAGAAGCACAAGACUAAAGAAGCUUCUUUAGCUCGGAAAAUUGGCAAGGAAGGGACCACUGAAUCACGAGUAAACCAAGAGCUUAAGGAUUCGAAGAUGCUUAGCAGGCCGAAAAUGGCGCAGAAUUUGGAGAACACAGAAGGUUCAAGAAAGAAGAAUUUCCAGUUUUGGUGUGCGAUGUGCCAAAUUGGGGCGUUCUCCGUGACAGUAAUGGAGAGUCAUCAAAAGGGGAAAAAGCACAUUGCUCGUCUACAAGAACUGGGUCAAGCUGACGAAGCUGGCUGUGCUGCCGUGUCCAGAGCAUCCGCCACCUCCGACACAGAACAAAAUGUUUCUCCCGAUGUCACCACUGCAUACGGUGCGAAACAUCCUGAAAGGGACGCAAAGGAGCCAAACGAGGCAACUGAGAAAUGAGAAAGCAGAGACGGUCUGAGCGAGUACCCGGAAAUUUUGCCAUCAUUCACUUGAAUCUCGCCGGUUUGACUUUUGUAAAAUUCAUUGUAUUUAUAAUCUUGGGAAUAAAAUGGGCGGAGUUGUUACCUGAACAAUUUGCUUUAAUUUGGUGUGUUGAUUGGAAGCUGAUUAACAUUUAGAGACAUAGAUGUUAUUUCUCCAGACAGUUGUGUUGCUCCUCUCUUCACAAUUGCUGAUUAACAAUUUGCUUUAAU